AUGGCCAGUCCCAUCGGAAAUCUCAUUCAUCCUCCGGACCCUCCUCGAUACCGGCAGGGGUCGUCGGGCCAAGCAGCCGCCGGCAUAGACUCGAUUCUCCACAGCAGCCAUCAUCAACCUCAACCUCAUCCGGGCCCGAGUCCGAGUCCGAUCCACCAUCUCGGCCCCAUCAUCGGCAGUCGGCCCGGAAUCAGCUCCGGACUCCUCCUCCUCCACCUCCGCAGCCGUCGAGGAGUCAUUCCAGUACUCAGUCACUUUAUCAGUGUGCUGAUUGUUUACGACGAUACUCCCGACCAGAGCACUUACAGACACAUUGCGACCCAUACUCUCGGGAAGCGUUUCACUUGCGAUAUCUGCUCCAAAGCUUUCGCCCGAGCUGAUCUCCUCAAGCGUCACCGCACCAACCACCAAGAUGACAGCAACGGAACCAAUAAAAGGAGACGCAUGAACUCCUCGCCCGGCGCUGGACGCGUGGCUCAUGCUUGUCAAGCUUGUGCUAAAGCGAGGGUGAAGUGUGACGAGAUGAAGCCGCAGCAGACUCCUUAUUACCCGCGGGCUUCGGUCUCAGAGCACUCACACGCUGCUUCACAUGCUGCCGUCUUCCAAACACAUCGUACUUCCGAACCAACAGCAACAGACCAUAGUCCUAUACUCACCUCUACCGAAAGCGAUGAGUCGCAUCUCCCGACUCCCUCGGAAAAGAUGAUGGUGGACCAGAAUCAGACUCAACUUGCAACCGCAACCAACCCAGAACAGGCACAAUCCUUCCAUGUCCCAGCCCCAGUUCAAGUCCAGCCCACCUACCCCUCCAAUCAAAACAACACGAGCAGUAGCAUGCUAGACGACAUAGCCAAACUCCCCUUCUCUGACUUCCUUCGCGACGUUCUUUAUGACCAAUCCCUCUCCCAAGCCCAAGGCCUAGCGGUUCUCGACUUCUGCGACGACUCGAGCUUGGAUCUGAACGCCAUGGACUUUGGAUUGUUGGAUUACUGGUUACAUGCUGAUGGUCAGGGGUUUAUUCCGCUUCCUUCUGAUCUGGAGUAUCUCGGUUCUGGUCCCGGUCCCGGUCUAGGGUUCAGUUCAGGGGCAGGUCCAACAGCGAUGACAGCAGGAGCGGGAACAGCAGGAACAUUAGGAAAAACAGCAGCAGCAGAAACAGGUCAAACAGGAACAGGUCAAGGGUCUGAAAGCGCAGCAGAUCCCGUGGAUAUAUCCGCCAUGCGAUCAAAACUGGCUCAGAUAUGGACUGAGAGCCCGUGGAGGUGGUCGCCCAAGAGGUCGGAUAACGUUUAUGCUGAGCAAGGACAUUUGCCUUUGUCGUCAUCUUCUGGUCCGUCGUCUCCUACUAUCGGGACUGGUACUGGCACUACCUCUCGCUCUCAGGAUCCCAUCAACACCACCACAAACAAGUCCAACGCCAACAACAGUCCAAGACAACGGCAAGGCCAGGUUCAAACCGCCAACAAUCACCGCAGAAAAUUCACGCAACAAACCACCUCCCAGGGGACCCAAGGACAGCAAGGACAGCAAAUAACACACACCCUUCACCCCUCCGGCCGCGACUUGAUUCUUUCGAUAGUCCUGUCAAUUUGCAAAUCGAACUCGUCACAGUUUUCGAGAGUUGCCUCGUCGUUUCCUUCGUCGGGGUCAAUCAACCAUUGGAUUCACAUCUUUUUGGCUUCGCAUCUUUGCUCGGUGUCCAGCUUUAUCCCCUGCCAUCUACCACCCUCCCCCAGUUCCGCCUCCUCUGCCUCCCUCUCCGGUCCCAGCUCUCAGUCAGGCUCCAGCUCAAAGGACCGCUCCAAUUCUGGUUCUAACUCCAACUCCGCAAACCAGAAGAACAAAGAUGGCAAAGACUCCAGUGCACCACUCUGGUCCCUAAACGCUCAACCAGCCGAAUGGCACGCCAUAGUCGCCGCAGCCGGCGCAGUCCUCGCCCCCGUCCCCGCUCUCCGCAAAUUCGGUUUUGCCCUGCAAGAAGCCGUGCGCGUAUCGAUCCCCUCGCGUUUCGAAGAAAAUAACUCCAACGUCUCCUCUUUGUCACUAGUCCAAGCCCUGGUCCUCACCCAAGACCUGGGAGUAUGGUCAGGAAACAGACGCAAGAUGGAGAUUGCUGAAUGUCACCUUACUGUGCCUGUCGCUAUGAUGCGUGGUCGAGGGAAGUUUACUCGUGGUGCGUAUCUGCCGGAAAUUAGGGUGAAAGAGGGGGACGAGGGCAGGGAACUGGAAAAGAAAUGGAAAGCGUGGAUGGAAAUGGAAUCCUGGAAAAGACUUGCUUUCCACGCUUACUUGCGAGAUGCGCAGGUUAGUAUGACCCAGCUCGUCGGCAACCCCAGUAUAAGCUACGCGGAGAUGAGGAUGCCGCUGCCUGGACCUAAAGGGUGUUGGUUCGCGCGAACAAAAGAGGAGUGGAAAGCGAGGAUGCUGGAAGCGGAAGCGGCUGCUUCCCGAGAAGGUCAGGGAGUCGAGGGGGAACAGGUCCCGUGUCUGGGCGAUCUGUUGCGGGAUGUCAAGUUGCUGGAAAAAAACUGGAUGAGAGUGGACGUGCAAUUUGCUAUCAGCAUUUAUUUGCACAGUUUCUGGUCGUUGAUAUGGGAAUAUCGACAGCUUGCGUCGAUACAUAGGCCGCUUUUUGGCCAGCCGAGCUCGAGCUCGAGUCACUUUACGGCGCCGGGGUCGUUCACCGACCAACCUUGCACCACCACCCAGCAAAUUUUGAUAUCCAGACUUACCGACCUCCGCACUACUUUACAUCAGUUUCAAGCCCUCAUAACCCCCACCACCGGCCCAAACCUCUCCCCUAGCGGAACCUCGCACCUAGCACAAAACACAACACCAACCGAACUCCUCCUCCUCCACCUUUUACUCAUGCACAUCCACGUCUCUCUCGAAGACCUGCAACUUUUCUCAGGAAAAGAAGGCGAGGAACAAGCAAAGCGUAUCUAUCCCGUCUUGCAACGGUGGGCGGAUAGCUCAGAAGCGAGACAAGCGCUAUGGCAUGCUGGACAGGUACUCAGGUGGGCGAAGGAGUUUCCUAGGGGACACCUCAGAGAGUUUUGGGCGGCCGGGGUGCAUUUGGGGGGGUUGGUGGUUUGGGGGUUUGGGGUUUUGAGUGCUGUUAAUCAUAAGGGGAGGAAGGGGAGUUUGAGCAAUGAGCAGGGUUAUCGACAGACGGUGAUGGGGGGAGGAUAUGCAAAUGGGGGUGGAAGUGGAAAUACUGGAUAUGGAAACGGGCAUUGUGGACGGGAGUACGGUGGACAGCAGCAACCCCAGGGACAUUAUGGGUAUGGACAACAGCAAGGGCAGCAACACCACGCCUAUGGAUACGGUCAACAGCAGCAACAGCCCGAGCAUCAGCAACAACACCAAACCGGAAUGUCAAGUUACAUGCAACAAGUCAUGACGCCCUCAACCACCAUCACAACACCAGCAACGAUGGCCUCAGGCUCCACACCCUCUAGCAUGACCGCCGCCACCCCAGCGUCUACCACUUUCACACCCUCCAGCGGAACCACCUAUCAUUCUGGAUUAUCCCAAAGCCAAAACACCAUAGUCUACCUCGACGGGCCCCACACCCCGGAAAUCGAAAGAUUCAUCCAACACAACCAAGGCCGUCCGUCGCUCCAGUUAUCGUCCAAGGAUGGUGGUUCCGACUCGCCAGUGCCGUUGGAUGAUAUCGCAGGCUGCAUGUCCGUCUGCAAAUCGAUCCUCAAAGAUAACUUCCCUGAUGCUUCAUUGCCGGCUAUCAGUGAGAAUAUCAUUGCUUUGCUGGGCAAAUUGGGCGGGGUGGCGGGGGUUGUUGGUUCUGGGUCUGGUUGA